AUGUCUAGCCAAGGAUCAAGAGCUUCAAACAAAAUCACAGAUGAUGAGCUCAAUUCUCUCAUCUUAAAACUACAAACAUUGCUGCCACAGCUCAAUCAAGGCCGCAAUGGCAGGGCAUCAGCAACAAAAGUUUUGAACGAAACAUGCUGUUACAUCAGAAAAUUACAAAAAGAGGUAGAUGAUUUGAGCGAAAGACUAUCUCAACGUCUAGGUUCCGUGGAUAUAACUAGUUUUGAUGCAGAGAUUCUUAAAGGUUUGCUGCAGCAGUAACGCCCCAGUACCCUUUCCUCUUUUCUUUCUCAAAUUGUCUGAAGGUGCAACUACAGACAAAAAUGUGUGUUUUUCCUUUUGUGCAACUGUCAUGUUUCAUUGUUUCUUAAUUAUAUCCGAGUUUGAUUGGGACUUGGAGAGCAUUUAGAGUAUAAACUAUGUAUAUCAAAUGUAAGUAUUUCCAUGUUUCGUUGUAUCUGUCGUAUCUCAUUCUUCCUUGUUUGUCUAUAUUCAACUAAUAAAGUUUUGGUCUUGGGGCCCCCUUUUACUUGAGAAACUAUGUACACUGCCAAAAACAUUUUCUAGGAGUUCUUACUUCAACGGGCGAUAAUUUUUUCUUACA